AUGGAAGUUGGAUCUUUUUCCCAACUCGAGUAUCUUGAUUUGUCGGCAAACAGAUUGAGUCAGUCCAUCCCCGAGACUAUAGGGGAUAUGUUGAAAUUGCACUACUUGAAUUUGAGUAGUAACAAUUUCAGCCUAGGAAUUCCACCUCAGAUAGGCAAGUUAGUUCAAGUGAAUGAAUUAGAUCUGAGUCAUAACGUGCUUUCUGGGGAUAUUCCAACACAAUUUCAAUCUUUGCAGAGCUUGUCAACGUUGAACCUCUCUUACAAUAACCUCUCCGGCAGCAUCACCAUUUUCGAUGAACUCCGAGGCUUGGUCCAUGUUAACAUUGCGCAUAAUGAGUUGCAGGGUCCAAUUCCUGAUAUUCCGGCAUUUCAAAAUGCUCCAAUACAAGCACUAGAAGGAAACAAGGGUUUGUGUGGCAAUAUUAGUGGGUUGAAACCUUGCAAGCUUUCUAAAAACGGCCACCACACGUUACUCUACGCAAUCAUGUUUCCUCUGUUAGGAGCUUCUAUCCUUUUAAUUGUUAUUCUGGCUUUGUAUUUCAGCUUCAAAAGUCGGGGAAAACAUGCAGAUGAAGAAAGUGAAAGCAGCUUGAUCAGUGCAAGCCUCUUUUCAAUAUCGUCCUUUGAUGGAAAAUUGUUGUACUCUGAGAUCAUAAGUGCAACAAACAACUUCGAUUCUAGUUGCUGCAUUGGAAAGGGAGGAUACGGAAAUGUAUACAGGGUAGAGCUAUCAUCCGGUGAUAUUGUAGCUGUGAAGAAAGUCCAUCCACUGCGUGCUGAUGAAGUUAGAGCUGCAAAAGAAUUCCAAAAUGAAGUAAUGGCGUGCAUAGAGAUACGGCAUCGAAAUAUCGUAAAGUUCUAUGGGUUUUGUUGGUCUGCCGAACAAUCAUUCUUGGUUUACAAAUACCUUGAAAAGGGUAGUUUGGCUACAAAUCUAAGCAAUGAAGAAGCAGGAAGAGAAUUGGAUUGGGAAAAAAGGGUGAAUAUUAUAAAAGGUGUUGCUAAUGCCUUGUCUUACUUGCACAAUGAUUGCUCGCCACCGAUUGUUCAUCGAGACUUGUCAAGCAACAAUGUUUUGCUUGAUGCGGAAUUUGAAGCUCAUGUUUCGGAUUUUGGCACGGCUAAACUUCUCAAUCCAGACUCAUCUAAUUGGACCAAUCUUGCUGGAACAUAUGGAUAUGUCGCACCAGAACUUGCCUACACAAUGAAGGUUAGUGAGAAAUGUGACGUUUAUAGUUUCGGAGUGUUGACUAUGGAAGUUAUCAUGGGAGCACAUCCUGGUGACUUGAUCUCCACACUACCAUCUUCAUCUCUUGAAAUGCGGCUUCUGGUAAAAGAUGUCUUGGAUCAAAGGCCUUUACCUCCAUCAACAGACGUUCAAGACAAACUGGAAUCAGUGAUGGAGAUAGCUUUUAUGUGCUUAGCUGAAAAUCCACAUUCUAGACCAACCAUGUACGCUAUUUCUCAGUUGUUAGCCAGCUGAACCAUUUCCUCCCAUGGGUCAUUGCAUUGAAUUGCAGACCAGAACGUAUGAUGUUUGUCAGCUGUUACUCUGAAGUUUGAAUAUUUUAUUGCUGUGUCAUUCCAGAUAUGCAAGUAGAUUUGUAAGAAUAGUAUUCCCAGGUUUUUAUGUAUCAUAUUCCCGUUUAAAGUGAUUUGCAAGCAAAUAGACACCGUAAUGUAACUUCUUUUCAAGAAAUAAGAAAGACUUCAUUUUACAA